GUUAUAUUUCAAGCCCAGUCUUUCCCUCCCUCGUUUCUCGCCUUCCAGUCCUGCUUUGUUUGCGAUGAGAAGCAGCGUUUGGAAGGAAAAAUGGAUUUGAACACUUGUCUUUCUUCCGAGCGAGACCUAGACAACUCGUCCUUCAAAUUCGAUCGUGUCCUCUUCGAUGACCUCGUCCAGAUUGUGCCUCUUGUUCACUCCCUCACUACUGAUAAGAAAGCAAGCAGUUCGUUUGCGCGUCGAGGUUCGAUGAUCUACACUAAGGCACCUUCAAAAGAGUCGUGGUUGGAAAGAAUGAAAUAUUUAAAAGUCAGGAGCAUAGGUCAAUCUUUUCCUGCUAAAAAGAAAAAAGAUCAUGGAGAAAAAGGACAAAUAAAAGAAGAGUACUUCUUAGUGAAAGAACAGGUGGAGGAACUGCAGAUGAAGUUAUUGGAGAAAGAUGAACUUUUAAAGUCAGCAGAAAACUCAAGAAAUCAGAUGAGUUCUGUUAAUGAGAAACUUGAUGAACUGAAACACCAGGCUGCACAAAAGGACUCUUUGCUGAAGUCUACACAACAACAACUCUUUGAUGUGAAGAUGAUGCUUGCAGACAAUCAAGCUGCUCUUGAAAAGAUACAGUGGGAAUCAAUGAUAUCCAACAAGAAAGCAGAGAAACUUCAAGAAGAGAUAGGUUCCAUGCAAGGAGAUCUUUCAUCAUUUACAUUGCUACUUGAAGGCCUGACAAUAACAGACAAUGCUGAAUACAUUGAUGAUUAUGAUAUUAAGCCUUAUGUUCACUCCAAUCACCUUCCUAGCAUUGAUGAUUUGGACGAGAUGGAAAUGCAUAAAAUCGAAGAAGCAAGAAAAGCUUAUAAUGUUGCUGUUGCUUAUGCGAAAGAAAAACAGGAUCAAGAAUCUAUUGCUGCUGCUGCCAAUGCUAGGUUACAUCUUCAAUCAAUUCUUUUCAAACCCAAAAUUUCCUCUUUGUAGUUUUACUUGUGUUGCCUAUAAAUUGUUUACUGUUACACUCUACGCCUCUACACAUGCUUGUUGUUUGACAUGAGCAAACAUAUAAAUUCACAGAGCCACUAAUUUUUCA